GGGUGGCUUCACAGCACUUUGGUGACUGGCACACUGUGCUACGGUGUUGAUGGUACAUUGGCGUGGGGGCGCCACAAUUGCCCGGGUUCGUGGAAUGAUCGCGAAACAAGCCGGCAAUUACAAGAAAAACUUGCCAAUCCUGAUUUUACUGUGCCUGGAACCGGUGUUGCGACCGACUCCGCUUUUCCAGUGGCUCGGGAGGCAAUCGGCAAGAUCUUCACCCCUCUAAAAGAUGGGGAUGUUGAGCGAGCGUCGGCUGACUGCCGUUUAGUAAUGCUCGCAUUGCACAACGCGAUAACAUCUCUGCGCCAAGCAGCUGAAUGGGGAAUGGGACCCGCGUCUAAGUGUUACCGUCGGCUGCUUCUACCUCUUCCGUACAAUGCAGACAAACGACAUGUGCGCCUGUUGAACGCGUACUGCACGUCUUCCCACUGA